AUGGCACCGCGCAUAGUGCAAGGCAACGCGGCGGCACGCCCUCGCCCUCACUUCAGUACGAAGCCGGAAUCCACCGUCCACGCAUCCGACAUGUUCAAGAAUUUCACUCAGCGCGCAACAACCACACGCAGCAAGGCAGCGCCGCCUACCAAAUACGAUCUCACGUCCAAACCGCAGGGAAUCACCAAGAACAGGUCACAAGGACGUAACUCAAUCCUCCGAGAACGUGAGAAGAGGCGCAGCAAGCCAAAGCACCCACUUUCCAUGCUGUUCACCGAAACAGCAAGCUCCUACCGCAACACUGUGAUCGAAAACGCGCAAGACGCCCUCUUCGCGACCCGCCGCUCUCUCCUGCACCGCCUAACCAGCAUCAACGGCCCCGGCAACCCUCCAAACCCCUCUCCCGCGAGUCCCACGAACCACAUCCAUCCUUCACCGACUCCCAACCGUCUCCCCACGACCACCGAGCUGCAAGCCGCGCACAACGCCCUCGUAGCCAAAGUCAUCGCUCCGUUCGGCGAGACGAAGGUCGUCCGUGGCGGCAAGGGCAAGCUCAACGCAAAUGAGGAGAAGGGCAAGAAUGGAGACGCCACCGCGGCGCAGCACGAGCAGCCUCUGUCCGAGCGGAUGGCGGCCUUCGCGGCGGUGGUGGCGAGGGAGGAGAAGAAUCUGCGCCAGCUCGGCGAAAAGUGGAUGCAGACGAGGGCGGAGAUACGGUUGCUGGCGGAGGGCAUCUUUGGACAGGGUGCUGUGAAGGAUAUGAUGCGGGGGAAGAAGAUGGGCGAGGAGGUGAAGGAGGUGGGAAGGGGAUUGGGAGAGGGGGCGAUGGAAGCGUUGAAGAGGGCGGCGGAAGAGCUCGUGAAACAAGGUGAGGCAGAGGCAGAGGCGGUUAGGGAGGAGGAGAAGAGAGUGAGGCGGGAGCAGAAGAAGGCGAUAUCGGCGGCGUUGAAGAAGAUUCAGGAUCUGUAA